AUGAAUGUGGAGUGUAUUCGGGGCCAGUGGAAAACAAACACUGACUGCUCCUAUCAGAGGUUUCAACGGGGCUUAUCCUUGCGACUUUCGCUACGAAGCAGCGGAGAAAGGGGCAUUGGCCUCUUUACCGACCAAUACAUCGAGAAAGAUGCAUUCAUCAUCGAAUACAUGGGGGAGGUUAUUCAACGAGGGGAGUUUUACCGGAGAUGCAGUCGGUAUUACUAUGGCGUACAACCAACUGACAGUGAAGUAAUUGACGCUUCACGACAAGGCUCCCUUGUGCGAUUUGCCAACCACAGUUGUGCGCCAAACAGCAGACUAGAGCGCUGGGACAUCAAUGGAGAAGUCUGCUGUGGCUUAUUUGCCAUUGCUGAUAUUGAAUGCGACGCCGAGCUCACAUUUUCGUAA